CUGUAACCGCCAGCCGGCGUGUGGUAGGUGUGUUAGUUGGUGAUAUUAAUGAGUUGCAUGUAUUCGAUUAAUUGUUUGCAAAGUGUCAAAAAAACUCGUAGCACCUUCAGACGUGUACGGUGCAAUUGAUGGAUCCAGCAAUUGGGUGGUUUCAACCCGAACAAGAGGGCCCAGCGAAAGAUUUGUGGAUACGAAUUUGGGAAGCUCAGAAAGGGGUGGACAAUAUGAAUGUUGAUAUAAAUACACGUUUAGGUGCAAAAUCACAUGAUUACAUUCCAGUGGAUGGUACAACGAACAGUGAUGAUCAACAUAAUCGUGUGACAGUGAACUGUAACAAUUACUUUAACUGUAAACGCAGGAAAAGAGAAAAUCGCGCAAGUACAUUUGCCAUGAACCAUAACCAAUCAGCCCUGAUCGGUGAACAUGGAGGUUGCCCUUGGAAGAAUCCGAACAGAACAUACGGAAGGGGUGUAAUAGGCCUUCAUGAAGAGAUCGAAGAUUUCUAUAACUACAUGUGCCCAACUGUGGAGGAACAUGAAUUACGUAUCAGUGUUGUUCGUCGUAUAGAAAAGGUUGUUCUUAGUUUAUGGCGAGAUGCGAAAGUCGAGAUCUUUGGCAGCUUCAGAACAGGGCUUUAUCUUCCUACAAGUGAUAUUGAUUUGGUUGUGAUUGGUAAGUGGGAAACAUUACCUCUACGAACUCUUGAGCAGUCUCUGUUAGAACAUGACAUUGCAGAGCCCAGCACACUGAAAGUUUUGGAUAAAGCCACAGUCCCAAUUGUGAAACUAACUGACAAAAAGUCAGAUGUAAAAGUGGACAUUAGCUUCAACAUGAGCAAUGGAGUGAAAUCAGCUGAGCUUAUAAAAGAUUUUAAGCAACGGUUUCCAGUGCUCUCAAAACUAGUGCUGGUACUGAAACAGUUCCUUCUUCAGCGAGAUUUGAAUGAAGUGUUCACUGGAGGCAUAUCUUCAUAUAGUCUUAUACUGAUGACGAUCAGUUUCUUACAGCUACAUCCAAGGCAGAAUGCUUUCUGUCCUGGUGCAAAUUUGGGCGUUCUUCUUAUAGAAUUUUUUGAACUUUAUGGAAGAAAAUUCAACUAUAUGAAGACUGGGAUACGAGUAAAGGAUGGAGGCACAUACAUAUCCAAAGAAGAGGUUCUGCGUGGCAUGAUUGAUGGUCAUCGCCCUUCACUGCUCUGUAUAGAAGACCCAUUGACACCAGGCAAUGACAUCGGUCGUAGCUCAUAUGGUGCAUUACAAGUGAAGCAGACUUUUGAAUAUGCCUACAUUGUUUUAACACAGGCAGUAAAUCCUCUAAACACCUUAAUAUAUGAUGCCAAUAAAUACAGUAUCUUGGGUCGUAUAAUCCGUGUGACAGACGAAGUCAUUGACUAUCGAGCUUGGAUACGUGAAACAUUCCCUGUCCAGUCAUACACACUGUCUGUCACAAAUCAAGAAGAGGAUGAUUCUCUUUCAUCCUGCAGUGGCAGUGAGUCGUCUACCUUGGAAUCUGUAACUGGCAGUGACACGGAUUCUGAAAGCAGUCGAGGUUCAAACCGCUAUGAUAGAUUCGCAUCUUCUGUGAGACCUUCAUCAGUUGCACCACUUCCAUUCCCACCACUAGUGCCUCAUAGGGGCCAUUCCACACAACGGGGAUUUGUCAAGCAUAGAAGAUUAUCUGCAACUCUAGCUUCUCACCAAGCCCCUCGUGGUACUUACCCGCUACACCAAAACAACACAAGUGAUGCCUCAGCACAUACUAGUCUCAGCAGUGUUUCUGGAAGAGGACACUCAUCGAAACGCCAGAAAAGUAACAGUUCACGUAAAGCUGGAGCAUAUGUCUCACGAUGAUGUCUGCUGUCUAUGUGAGGCCCGUGAGGCAGUUAUCUCUCUUUAAUGGAAAUUCCAACCCAAGUGAAAAUUCAUGAAAAGGACUUUGGCUCACAGACUUGCUCUUUGUCUGUAUGUAUGUGUGUGUGGGGGAGAGAGAGGGAGAGAGCCAUUUAUUUUUCUUAGUGCAGAUAUUUUACAUUCAUAUUCGAUUGUAACUUGUUUAUUAUAACAAUUUUUUCGGAAUAAAUCUAAUUUAUAAGUUCUGACAUGGGCCUGAUAAUUCUGUAUCCCUACCAGCCUCUACCUGUAAGACCCAUAACUGUAGAGACAGACC